AUGGAGAGGGUCCCCGAGCAAUUAUUCUAUGAACUCGACACUUGCGGAGACAUAACGUUGAUUUUGGACGAGCGAGAUAAUACACAGGAAGAUGAUGAAGAUUUCUAUGUGUCCUGCGAACUUCCCUCAUACCUAAAGGAAAUACAAAUAAAAGAGAAUUACCCUAACACUGGCUUUGAUCUUCCUGCACAUUCACAGAAGAAAACCAAGAAGAAAAAGGUAUCAAAGACAUGGCUCGACCCCGUACCCGAACCGGAACUAGAACAGAUUUAUACGUCGGCUGCAAAUGACCAGUUGCAAGUGAACGACGACUUAACGGCAGAGGAUGAUCUCCAAAUUAGCUGGGAUACCGCGGAGCCGGCAACUGAGGGCGGUGGGUUCGAAGACAAGUGUAUCAAAGAUACGGCUGCCUCUCAAGCUAUUCAAUUUCGGGCCUCCUCCAAACAUCUUAUGCUAGCAUCCCCGUUUUUUACAGCGAUGCUAAAAUCGACAUGGGCAGAAGGUGCCACCCUUAAUAACCAAGGAGUGGUGGAGUUAUCAGCUCUAGGCAGCACCCGGGAGAGCCUUCUGGUGUUUUUGAGCGCUAUCCAUUGUCGCUCACAAGAUAUUCCUCAGGCCAUAAGUGUCAGUCAGCUGUACGAAAUCGCCUUACUCGUUGACUAUUACCAAUCCUACAAUGCCCUUCAAUUCUACCUCAACACGUGGAUUGAAAGCAUAAAAGCCAGUAGGCCGACCGGGCUGAGCAGAGAUAGUAUCAAAUGGCUGUUUAUCUCAUGGGUAUCCAAAAGGGGCGAUAUAUUUACAAGCAUGACACAAAUAUUGCAGCGUGAGGCUAAGGCUCCGCUCCGGGUAUCAAAUCUCCCGAUCCCAGAGAAAGUGAUAGACAGGAUUAACGAGUCAAGAGAAACCUCCAUUAAGGCCUUAAUUACGGGACUCUACAACAUUGCUGACCACAUCGAAGGUGGAAGGAUGGAGUGUAGCUUCAAGUGCGACUCUAUGCGCCUCGGGGCACUAAGGAAGCAGAUGACGUCGCGGGGCCUCCUUAACCCACGCCCAGCUGCCCCGUACAAAGGAUAUAGCUUUAAUAGGCUCUCUAAUAGCCUCCGCCAGGUUGGGAUUCCGGAGUGGUAUGAGGCAAACACAUCCUAUCCCCACCGCUGCCAGAUUGGGCCCACUAUCAGCGCGAUGAUUAGCGAUGUGGAGAGUUCUAUCGGCAGGUUGAGACUGUCAGAGUCCUUAGGCAACAAAUACCGUAGACUCCCCUCUGGCGGGAACUCUAAGAGUAACCAAGGAGUCUAUCCUCCAAUAGCAUAA